AACAUUUGAAAACGAUUGGAAACGUUUGGAAGCUCUCGGAAAUGCGCCGAAACGUUCGAGAACUCCUCAAAACGUUCGGAAACAAAUAAAAACAGUUGCGAAAAAAAUCGGAAACGCACGGAAAACGCUCAGCGCAUUUUAAUGUGGGUUGUAGAGUGAACAAGCUCACCAGACAUCACUCCUCACAGCGACAGGGCGCGUGUAUGGAUCUGCAUUUUAUUCUCUCUUUGGUUCGUUUGAUUUUAUUCCUGUCUUUUUUAUUUGUUCAUUUUUUUUAGUUUAUUUUAAUUAAAUCUUUUUUUUUUUGCAUUUCUUCUCUGAUAUUUCAAGCUCUCCCCCUCUCUCUCUCUUACUCUGUGUGUGUAUUGCUCUCUCUCUCUCUCCCUCUAUAUCUCUCUCUCUCUCUCUCCUUCCUCCCUCCUCGUGUCGGUUCCUCCCCACUGAAGUGUGUCAUCACUCGGGCUCCGUCUCUCCGCCAAGGCGAGCGAGUGAGCGGGACAUGCAGGGCUGACGGCGGCGCGCGCGUAAAGGGGAUUCUGGGGCUCCAGCAGGGCGCAAUCCUGGACUUUUCUACCUGUUUUUUUAAAUCGAAAUACGUCCAACAUUUUUCUCUCAUUUUUGGGGGGGGCACGCGCUCUUUAUUGGCGCGUGAUUCUUACCGACAACUAACGAUUAUUUUUUUUUUUAUUAUUUUUCUCUUGUAACUUCAUGAAGGGGGGCACCACGGACUGACACCACUCUCUGACGUCUACAUUAGAUAUUCCUCUGGCUGCUAUUUUUUUAAAUGUGCAUUCCUCCUCCUUCUUCUUUUUCUUCUUCACCAUCACCACCACCACCACCACCAUCAUCAUCAACGGAGAAGCCAAUCUCGAGCAUCGAGGGCGACUGUGAGGGGGGAUGCAGCUUUCAUUUUUCUCCCUUUUCGACCACUGCACCCCCUGACACCCCCCAAACCGACGAUUCCAGCUGAGGGAGGUUCGAAAAAAGGGGGAAGGAGAAAACCCUUAAAACAACACCGAGCGAGAGAAAGAGAGAGAGAGAGUGAGACAGAGAUACAGAGAGAGAGGAGCAAACCCCCCUCUCCCUCCUUCCCCCUCCUCCUCCUCCUCAUCAUCAUCAUCACCAUCAUGGCUCAUCCGCACCUUCGGACUGGGAAUCCGCAACAGCGAGAGUGAACAAAAAAAAUAAAGCAAGAAGAAAACGAGAAGAAAACCAUUCUUUUCCUUCCUUUUUCUUUUUUUCUUUUCAUCAUUUUCCCUCCCUUCCCCUUCUUUCUCUUCUUCCUCUUCCACUUCAACCCUCCUCCUCUUCCUCCUCCUCCUCCUCGAUUUGCCUUCUUCGUGUUCGUGUUUCAGCUACAGAAGACCCCUUUCAUUUUUUUUAGCACUUUUUCAAAACUCCCCCCCUUCUCCAACCCCCCGACCCCUCACCCACCCCCCUCCAAAAAACAAAAAAAAAAAUCUGAGAAGAAGAUGUGUAAUGCUGCUGUGGCCGAGGGGGUCUGGGACCUGCACGGAUUUUCAUAGCCGAGGAAAGGGGGAAAAAGAAAAAAAAAAAACAGCUGGGACCCUUCAAAGGCUGUACAGACCCCCUCUUUCCACUCAUCUGCUUUCACCUCUUUUUCUUUUCUUCUGUUGUUUUUUUUUUGUUUGUUUAGUUUUUUUUCAGGGCCAUCACAACACAUGUGUGUGUGUCGCUAGUUCGGGUUUGAUUUGAACGAUUGACUUGGCCUUUUUUGGUUUUGUUUUGGGUAAAAUUCCCUUUCCCUCUGUUGGAUUUUUUUACCCCCACAUGUGUUGUUAGAAUUCCUUCUCGUUUUGGACCACUGGAGGCUGGAUUACUGAAAGUGCAUUAAAACGGAUUUUUGUGGAAAUGUUGGGUCCUCAGGAAGACAAACUAUGUGGAUUGCUUUCUGCUCUGACGGUGCUGUCGUCUAUCUGCUUCGUACAAUGCACAUCCACUGGAACUGGAAUAUCUGUGGCCAAGACGACGGUGGACAAACUGCUGAAAGGGUAUGACAUCCGUCUCAGGCCGGAUUUCGGAGGUCCCCCAGUCAUCGUGGGAAUGAGCAUAAACAUUGCCAGCAUCGACUCCAUUUCGGAAGUCAACAUGGAUUACACCAUCACCAUGUAUUUCCAACAGAGUUGGCGGGACAAACGACUGGCCUACGUGGAGAUGCCUCUCAACCUGACUCUGGACAACCGUGUGGCCGACCAGUUGUGGCUGCCCGACACCUAUUUCCUGAACGACAAGAAGUCCUUCCUGCAUGGUGUGACGGUAAAGAACCGCAUGAUCCGGCUCCACCCUGACGGCACUGUUCUCUACGGGCUGAGAAUAACCACCACGGCCGCAUGUAUGAUGGAUCUGAGGAGAUACCCCCUGGACGAACAGAACUGCACCCUGGAAAUUGAGAGCUAUGGAUACACCACAGACGACAUUGUGUUCUUCUGGCAAGGAGGCAAGAAUGCAGUGACGGGUGUGGAUAAACUGGAGCUACCCCAGUUCUCCAUUGUGGAGCUACACCUUGUGUCCAGAGAAGUGAGAUUCACCACAGGCUCGUAUCCCCGGCUGUCGCUGAGUUUCCGCAUCAAGAGGAACAUUGGCUACUUCAUCCUGCAGACCUACAUGCCCUCUAUCCUGAUCACCAUCCUGUCCUGGGUCUCCUUCUGGAUUAACUACGAUGCCUCCGCUGCUCGGGUGGCCCUGGGGGUCACCACGGUGCUCACAAUGACAACCAUUAACACCCACCUGCGGGAGACCCUCCCAAAGAUCCCCUACGUGAAAGCCAUCGAUGUCUACCUCAUGGGCUGCUUCGUUUUCGUGUUCCUGGCCCUGCUCGAAUAUGCCUUUGUAAACUACGUGUUCUUUGGAAGAGGACCCCAGCAGCAGAAAAAAAUCAACGAGAGGCUCAACAAAGCUAACAACGAACGCCCCCGUUACGAGGACAAACGCCUGAGAGAACAGGUGGACGCUUACGGCAACAUCCUGCUUACUACGCUAGAGAUGAACAACGAGGUGAUGCCUUCGGACGUGGGCAGCAGCGUGAGCGACUCGAGGAACUCCGUCAUGUCCUUCGACAGCUCCGGGGUGCAGUUCCGCAAGCCCAUGGCCUCGCGAGACGGCUUCAGCCACCACUCGCUGGACCGCAGCGCCAUGCGCAGCCGCGCCAACUGCCGGCUACGGAGGCGCUCGUCCAAGCUGAAGCUGAAAAUCCCCAACCUGACGGAUGUCAGCACCAUUGACAAGUGGUCCCGGGUGAUUUUCCCCAUCACGUUUGGAUUCUUCAACCUUAUCUACUGGUUGUACUACGUGAAUUGAUGCGUGUCCUCCUAGGAAACAUGGGCCAUAUUUUGAGAGCACAUUGAAUUGGCUUUGAUACAAUUGGGAAAAUAUGUAUACACAUAUAGGAAAAAAAAAAGAGUUCAUACAUAUGUAUAUGCAUAUUUCUAUAUAUUAUAUUUCUAUAUACACACGCGUGUGUAAAAUUGAAAGGACUUUUCUGAUGUACAAAAAAAAAGUAUUAUAUAGAUUGACUUGAAUGUUUAAGAAUAAUGCGAGACAAACAUUUGAAGCAUUUGAAUUUUGUUUUUUUUGUUUUUUUCUUCUGUAAUUACAAACAAACCCACAACAAUGAAACCCUCCCCUCCCUCCCCACCGAUACAUGUGAGGGUCUGGAACUAAAGACUGCAUGAUAUUUUUGCUAAAAGAAAGAUCGCGAGAUACGAAAAAAAAGGACACAUCAGAGCGUAUCACUGGCUUUUUAUCGAUACACACUGUAAUCAGCCUUUCCCCGCCGCAGCUCGAGAAAAUCAGCGACGGCGGCUUCUGUGCUUUUUUGGCAUCAUCUGAGCAGAACACCCCCUCCCCCUAAACCUCAUACAACAAAUGCGCCUACUGAACCUGCCCCACCCCCCCUCCUAUUCCCAACACCACCGCCCUGCUGUCUACCAUGGAAGAGACUUACGGGAUUGACCGUUGCUACACUGUACAGCAGCCUCUUUUGGAUUAUGUGUUUCCCUUGUUUUUUUUUUUUUGUUUGUUUUUUUUGCGAGAGACGUAGAAAGCUCUGGUCAAUGGUUUACACUGGACGGCCAUCCCCGCGCUUGAAAACCACCAAGCCUCGCCCAGAGUCUUCUUUUCCUUUCUUUUCUUCAUGCUGUUUUUUUGCGAGCGAUUCCUUGGGGUAUCUAUUUUUCAUUCUGGUUCUAAGGAUUCUGACUACUCUGGUUGCUAUUCUUUUGUCUUUGAUAUGUUUCGGGGGAGAGCGUCAUUUAAAACAUAGAGUUCUAGAGUUUAGCGCAUUUCUAGAUAACGAGCCACAGAUAUGCAUUUUUCAUUUGUUCUUUUCUUUUUUUUUGUUCGUUUUGUUUCGAGAAAAGAAAAAAAGUGUGUGCAUCAAAGUGUACAUUCACUCAGUAUCCUCAUCGACAUGGUUAUAGGUAGUAUGGUCGUAUUCUUGCUUUAUUAUCGUUCCUAGUGCAACCCAUCUGUUUUGUAGAUACGGCGGCAUUCAUGAACAUCAUAUACAGCUUUGUGUUGUCUGAGGACAUGAUGGGGGGGACCGUGGUGAGCUACAGUUUGUUUGUCAGAGCUUGGAUUUUGAAGUUAGUCCAUCAACUAUAUGAUGUUGUAAAGAUUAAAAAAAAGAGAAAAAGAGUAUUGUGUAUUAAAAACUGGGGAGGUUGGUAAUUGUUUUUCAUAUUUAAGUCCAGCGAUCAGCCCAUAGUGUGACCUGAUAUUGUAUGUAGUAACUCACUCAUCGUAGUGGCCCAUCCUGAGAACGAUUCACGCUGUUGUUGUUUUUUUUUUUUCUUCUUCUUCUUCUUCUACUUCUUCUUCUUCUUUUCGGUUCCUCUAACGUGCCUGUCUGAAACCCGAAAGAGGUGUCCUCAGCCGAUCAUUGAAGUAAAAGAGGGAGGAACAGCCCUCGGCCUCUAACCCUUCACCUUACUGCAGACCCACCCACAGCCCUGAUGUUACGCAUCUUAGGAUUCAAUCCCAAAGACUGAUGACAUCAGCACGAUCAGGAAAAAAAAAAGAGCUUCUAAGUCUUUUACGGGGCAAAAUGAGAUGUAUGAUAAAAGCCAUGAACUAAAGUGACAACCAAAAAGGCCUAUAAUCCAUUCGUAUUUUAUUAUUUUCUCUGUCUUCAACAAAACACAUCUCUUUAGGGUUCCAUUCGCCAUGUCACGCUGCAAGGCCUCUCUCUGUACACAUGAUCACGACGAGCCUACCGCACAUGCUAGUUGCUUCGAAAUCCAUCCGCAUCCAUAGACCUUCACCCAUAGCUCCAUUCAGUCCACAAAGUCCAAAGGCACUCAAUCUCUCGAAGUCCGCAAAUUUGACAGCAAGGUUGAGGUUGAACGCAGAAAUAUGUUCAUGAGGAGGCUGUCUGGAGCAGUGAGGUCCAGUGGACCUUCUAAAGGACCUUCUAGUGAGCCUCCAGAUGGCGGCCACGUUGAGUUGAGAGCCGGGAACUCUGCCGCAGUCCAGGCGGAGGACAUUUCGAGCAGGUCUCAGUCCUCAGAGCCGAGCUCCAGCAGAGUUCUCUGCUUCCGAACCAUCUCAGAUAUCAUACCACACACCAUUCUGUGCAUAACUCUAGCUAGCUCAGCUAGGAUAAAAGGAAAAAGAGAGAUUGAUUGCCUGCCACACCAUUGAAAUGCUUCACUUCACACUUUACCACGCGCAAGAAAUGAAGCAAUGAGAACGAGAACUUUACUGAGGUGGUCUUACAGUUUUUAAGACUUUUAGCAAUUUGUUGGAACUUGACAGAUGGAGCCUUUUUUACAUCAGUCCUUGGGUAUCCAGCAGGAUCAUUGUGACUGCAGUUACUUUGCAGUUAAUGGGGUGGGUUAGCAGUAAAGCAAAAGCUAGGAAAUGCCUGCGUAGCUUUGCGGCAUGUAGAUUCGGCGCAUUUCCAGGGAGUAAAUGGAAAUGGAAGUGAGGUAUCCUGCAAUGAAAUGUUGGAACAUGUGAAUAAUGUUACGAAGGCCUUGGCAUCUGUUGGACGGUCUCACUGGAAACAAAUGAGAAGGCAUUCACAAAAUGCCGCAAAGAUCCGCAAUCUGAAAGAAGAAUUUGGUAUUAAGGUCAUGCGAUUUUUUUGCUGCAUGAGAUGUGGAUGAGUUUGACGGAUUUGCCGGAUCAGUUUAGACAUAGUGUAACACGAGGUACCUCAAGUAAGACGUCUACGGAAAACAAAAAAAAAAACAGCAAGGUGGAGUCUGGAAAAAGUCUUCGGAAAGCAAAAAGUGUUUAGAAAGUGACAACCAAGAUACAGUGUUUUCUGAUCUGAGUAAAAAUCUUUUUUUUUAUUUGUUUAGCUUUUUAUUGUUUCCUCUUUUAUACAUUUUUUUCUUCCUCUUUUUUUUUUCUUGCUUAUGAGGUCAUAGGCUAUCGCAUAAGUGUACAUCGCUCGAAUGCUUGGUAGCAUGCAUACAUGCAAGCACUCUUUCAUAUCAUUUAAAUGCCCCCUGCCUUUAAACAAUAUGAUGACUGCACAACCUGACAUAUAAGAGGAGAGAAAAUAUAUUUUUACAUCUGAUGAAAAUGCACUGUAGAUUUAUCAAUCAGCUAGCAACUUAAUUAAGGUACAGUAUUAAGGUACUUCUCUUUCAGUGGUUAACGCUAGAACAAGACAAGAAAAGAAAUGAAUAAAACGAAACCUUUGGUAGCUCAAUAGAUUGUAAAAAGUAAAAAAGUAGCUGGUAGAACUUGUUAGCUUGUUAAUAAAUUGUAAAAAAAAUGAACAGAUUAAGUCAAGUCGAAGACUAAAAUUUUGUGUGAAGUGAAUUUAGUCUUCAGCUUGGCUUAAUCUGGUUAUUUUAAGAAAACCCUCAUUUUGUGUGUUUUAAGUUUAAGAAGUACAAACAGUACAGGUUUUCUAUUGUCUGUCAAAUGACUCAUUAUUUAUCAGUAUUAUUUAUGAAGUUUAAUCCUCUAUAUUUGCAGUUUCUAUGCACUCUUACUGUUGCGAUACUCAGUUCAAUGUGCCACAUAAUAAUAAUCAGAAUCGUUUCGGUCGGGAUGCGCCUGUGCUCAGCCAAUCACGGCUAUAGAAAUUUGAGAGACAUAGCAGUGCUAUGUUGUUCUGUGCCAAACUUGGAUAAAUAAGUAAGGUAACUAAUAACCUUGAAUAGGAUUGAAAAUGGAUUUUGGCUUUUGUAGUUCGUCGAGCCAGUCAACAGGUCAUCUCCGGAUAUUUUUAUUUUUCGUUGAUCAUCAGCAUGUUCUUGUAGCACCAGCACUCAGCUAAUUCACAGUGAUCUUGAACUUUAAACUUGAUCAAAUUGUAGGUAGAACGCUGGUUUGCAGGCAUCGUUUUUUCUGGCCCUGCAGGAUCUGCCUUAAUGAGAUCAUGAAAGCAUUUUUUUUUACACGUGGAGCAUAUUAACCGAGCAAUACAAUGCAAAAAAAACCACACAAGAAAUCAAUUCAAGCCUUAAUGGUCGCAGUAGUCAUUAUAAUAAUAAUCAUGGUUAGAUAUUGAUUAGCAGUUACCCAUCGGUUGUAGACUGAGGUAAAUCAAAGAUAUCGGUUGGUUGCUGCAAACAUGUUUUUAACACAGGCAUUCCUUAGUGAUUAAAUCUGUGUAAAUCUGUUUUUUUUUUUUGAUCAUUUAAUAGCGAUAGUAGCUUAAGUGAAGUGAAUCAUACUCCAUCGUAAAUCAUAAAUCCAUCAUAAAUAAAGUAUUGUGUAACAAUGUUUUUUUAAUGCUACUAUGCUACAGUGUUAGCCUCAACCAGUGUAGCUAUCUGCUAUUGACAUUUACGAUUCACUCAGUGCAGUACUAGUUACUUGUUAGUGCUACCAAAAUGAUAAACCAGCAGUCUGUACUGUAUAUCUAUAUAUAUUAAAAAUAUUAGCUUACUGCUCCAGAAAUAGGCUAUCCACAAGUUAGCAAACAAGCAGGCUAGUUAGCUAGCAUAACAUGGAAAACAGAGAUAAAGCUAAAAGAAGUUCCCCAAUGUUUGACUUAGCAUAUUAUUGGUAACAUUACAUUUUUUAAAUAAUUUUUUAUCAUGAAGUUUCACAUCUUUUACAUUUUUUUUACAUUUUUAAGACCGAUAUGCUAGUUUACAGUGGUCAACCGGCCAAAAUACUCAAAACAUGUAGCAACACCAGGCUGGAAAGGUGGCGUUUGUGUAGUGGCAGUCUCUUUAGCCAAUUAGCUAACCACUGUAGGUGUGUUGUCCUGUUUGUUUAUUUGUUUGUUUUGCUUUUUUUCUAGUUUAGUAUUUCUUACAUUUAUUAAUCGAACAAUCCGAAAGAGAACACGCCCACUCGUGAUAAAGCUUCAAAAACAAGCUUUUUAUUUUUUGGUUUGAUUAAGAAAUGUUUUCAGUUCGUUUUCAUUCGAUUUAGCAUGUUUACCAACUUUUGCACUCACGUAUUUUUUUUACACAUAGAGUCUUUGUCAUGUUGUUCAGUUUAAAAUGAGCAGAUGUGAUGAUUAGCUUAUUUAAUAGAGCAACGAAGAAAUCCCUCAUUCCCUCAUAACCCUUUCCUCGUGUGCUGGAUAGCUGGAGAGAAAAAAAAAACUUUUUGGUCAAUGGUUCUGCUCACUGGGGGUCUCUAGUGUCUUAAAGAGGAGAGGGGCUAUGAUGCUAAUGAUGCUAAUGCUAGCAGGAAGCUGGUUACAGCGUUAGCUUUGGAGCAUUUGAGCAUAUGAGAGUUCUGUCAUGUCGUGUACCAUGAAAACUGUGAGUUAUAGCAGAAAACGCGGCUCAAGAAGUUCACGCAGUUUACGCAGUUUAUCUGAUGCUAAUCUAGCCAAUGUUUUGAGCAAAAACAUUCAGUCAAGAGUCCUAUAUGUUUGGUUUUUAGAAGAAAAAAGCUUCAGUACUCUUUAGGGAACAACACUAUAAUACUUUUUACAUCACGAUUCCGUCUAAAAAGCUGAAACGGACAAGUUAAAACAACGACAAGUUAAAACAACGACAGCAGCAGCAUUUAUCACGUGAAAAGCAUAUUAUUAAGAGACUUACGAAUGACAUUAUGUCAAGGUAGCAGCACUCUGGUCACCGAGGUGAUUGUUGGCCUUUUAUGGAGAAUGUGUCACACAGUGUUAGACUCGGUUCACUGAUUUGUUCUGUGUCUUAAUGGUUUAGGAUUAUAACUCCGAUCUGUUGCAUUUUACUUUUAUCUUUUAUCUUAUUUGUUCUUAUUUACUUCUAUAUUUAUAAAUAUAUAUAUAUAUAAAUAUGUAUAAGUCUGUGUUUGAGAGAGCGUGAAAGAGAGAGUGAGAGAGCGCGAGAGAGAGAAAGAGAGAGAGAGAGAAAAAAAAGAGAGAGAGAAAGAGAGAGAGAGAGAGCUUUAUAUAAUAUCAGGGAUGGGCGGGGCGACAAAAAAGAAAAAAAAACCUGUGACAACGGAGGACGUGCGUCAAUCUUGUCAUGCACUUCAUUCACUUCAUUCCAGUCACUUUUAACGAGAUCACCUUAAUACUCCCAUGCCAUUAACGUUAUCAUAAACACUAGAAACCAUCGAAGAGGUUUUUAAUUGAGUAUCUUGUUUUUGUCUUUCACCACACGAAACAUUGAGAAAAAGAAAGUACAAAAACUGUUGAACUGAUUUCAAUGUGAAUUUUUUCUUGCCUCUUGUGUAUAUGUGUAAUUACAUGUGAAUUGUAUUGUAAAUAUGAUAUCUUUCACUUAUAUUUCUUAAUGCAUGAAACUAAACAGGGCAGUUGGUAGUAACAGCUAGCCUCACUGCGACUGGCAUGGACAGCUUUUGCAGCACCUGCAUAAAACUUCUGCAAACGAAACCUCUGAAAAAGAAAAAGGAAAAAAAACGACAGAAAAAAAAAAAUUAUAAUAAUAAUGAUUUAACAAUACCGGUUUUGUUUUGCAUGACUUAAGUUUUCCGAAAGGUUUAUUUUCAUAAUUCUUUUGUAUUCUAAACUCGGUUCCACCCUCACAUGCAAAAAGUUCUUUAGAGAAAGGAAAAGAUGUGCUUUCAGGUUGCACUCCUUCUCGCUGGCUGUCUAAGAUCUGUCUAACCUACCACUGUAACUGGAAACAGGAAAACGAAGAGAAAGAAAGAGAGAGAGAGAGAACUAAACAGAGAGACGUAAAUAAAUAAAGAAAGAAAGAAAGAGAGAAAGAAAGAGAAAUAGUGAAAGUGAGGUAGAGAGCAGGAGAGCAAUGGACAACAUCAUUAUAAUGAGAAAUAAAAAUUUUACGGAAUAUAUAAAUAUAUACGCACAUCGCCAUCCUUUCUUGCUUUUUUAUGUAUCACAUACAAUUACGAGUAGAUAGAUGAUGCACCUAGCAAGCCAUUAAUUAGAUCAAGGUACAAUAUUCUGCUAACAUCUCCUAGAACUGAUUGCAAUAGACAAAAAAAGAAAAAAAACUUCAUCAGUGGCACCAGAAGAACUUAAGCCAUGAGAAUGCAAGACUGGUACAACUUCCUUUUCUUUUUUUUCCUUUUCUUUUCUUUUUUAUUCUGUUUUUUUUUUUUUUUUUGGUGGCCUUUGCCUGAUGAUGCCUCUAGAUUAGAGGCUAUUGGUGUUGGCCAUUUUAAACCAUUAGGAAGAAAAUGUUUGUAAAAAAAAAAAACGAAAUAAAUAAAAACAUCUCAGCACACCUCGGUGACUUUUCCUUUUGCUGAGCAGUAGAUUCUGUUCUGUGGUUCAGCGAAAUAUAUUUCAAUUACCGUGAACUUUAUCCCGAAAAUACUGCGCGCAAUAUAUAUAUAUAUAUAUAUAUAUAUAUAUAUAUAUAUAUAUAUAUAUAUAUAUAUAUAUAUAUAUAUAUGUGUACAAGAAAAAACAGAGGCCACUGAGACAGGAAAUAUCCUAGAAAUAAAAAAAAAAAAACAGGAAAACAGGAAGGAACACAAUUAGAUUGGCAAAUUUUGACUCAUCAAAGGCAACAGAUCCACAACUAUACAACUGAUUUGGAGAUUAAAUAGUUCUUCAGUAUUGUUUUGUUCUGUUCUGUUCAUUUCUAGUUGCCUGUGUUUGUUGUAUUUUCUUUUUUUUUAUUUUUUAAUGAAUCGUUAUCUAUCGUUGUUGUUUUCUCAUAGAAAGGAAAUAUAUUUCUACUUUACAUCCUGCCCUGAGAGUAAAAUGCGUUUUUGUUUUUGUGUUGUACUGGUUCCGUUCACAUUACUCUUUUUUCGGUUCGGAUUCUGUUCAUAUAUAUUGAGGUGUUAUGAUUCAUUUUUGGGGUAUGAUUUGUCUUCAUGAGAUCAACAUUUGUAAAGUAUAAAGUUGUAUUUCCUUUUUUUUGUCAGUGCCAAUUAAUGUAAUGGUGUCAGUCAGCUUUUCUAGGUGUUUGAGCAAAAUGUGUUUUUUACUAAUACAAAAAUGUAACAGUAUGUGGUACAAAAAAGGGUUAUAAUUAACCAACUGACUUUUUACAAAUAAAGGCUUAUACAGUAAAGAACGACAAUGCAGAAGUCUUUUCAUUUGCCAUUUGUGGACUAAUGGUUCCAUUUGGUUUCUUUCAGCUUGACCUGUUGCUUUGAACUGAUUAGUCCCCAAAUGGUAAAUCGUAACUUUUAUCAGAAAACAAAUGUAAAGAGAGAGACUCUUUUUUCCAUUUUGGAAUAUAAAAAAAAGAAGAAAAAAAAUCUGCUGCAGGUCUUCACCUUGUAAUUUUAUUUCUUUUUCUUUUCUUUUUGUUCUUGUAAGGGCUGCUGGGUAGCGAAGAAAAAAAUAUAUAUAUAGGUUAACAGGUUCAAACGGAGACGUUUUGAGAGCAGAAGGAAGAAAAGACCAUAGCAAUGUCUUGUAUAAUCAAUCUGAAUUUGAUUAUAACCAUGACACGUUACUAAGGAUAUACCUCCCUCCCAACCCUUGGUCCUGAAUAAAGAACCAUCAGAAUC